AUCUCCAUCUGCAUCCUUUUUUUCCCUCUCCAACUUCUGUCACGACAGCUACAACCAGUGAUGGAUAGCCUAGGAAAGUGCCCAGCUAAUUACGUUCCCCUCAGCCCCAUCACCUUCUUGGAGAGGGCAGCCGCCGUGUACUCCGACCGCACGUCGGUCGUCUAUGAGCGCACGCGCUUCACGUGGAAGCAAACUUACGAGCGCUGCCGCCGCCUCGCUUCCUCCCUCCGGAAGCUGAGCAUCUCCAAGAAUGAUGUGGUUUCAGUCCUGGCACCCAACAUUCCGGCCAUGUAUGAGAUGCACUUCGCCGUGCCCAUGGCGGGCGCGGUGCUCAACACCAUAAACACUCGUCUCGACUGCAAGAACAUCGCCACCAUCCUUAAGCACUCCGAGGCUAAGGUCUUCUUCGUCGACUACCAAUACGUCCCCCUCGCUGUAAGCGCCCUCAAGCUUCUGCUGGGCGACGCCGACACUUCCCAGCUGCCACUGGUCGUGGUCAUCGAUGACAUCGAUGCACCGACCGGCACUCGGCUGGGGGAGCUGGAGUACGAGCAGCUCGUCGCCGGCGGCCACCCGUUCCACGAGCUACCCCGGCUCGACGACGAGUGGGAUCCCAUCGCCCUUAACUACACCUCCGGCACCACGUCCGCCCCCAAGGGGGUUGUCUAUAGCCACCGCGGCGCGUACCUCAGCGCCAUCAGCCUGCUCCUCCAGUGGGGCGUCGGGAGCGAGCCUGUUUAUCUCUGGUCCCUCCCCAUGUUCCACUGCAACGGGUGGACCUUCACGUGGGGCGUCGCCGCCCGUGGCGGUGUCAAUGUAUGCAUCCGCAACACGUCGGCCGCCGAGAUGUACCGCGCCAUUGCCGACCAUCGUGUCACCCACAUGUGCUGCGCUCCCAUCGUCUUCACCAUCCUCCUCGAGACCGGCCAGUCCGAGCGGCCUCCCAUUGCCUCUCCCGUUCAGGUGCUGACCGGCGGCGCUCCGCCUCCAGCGCCGCUGCUGGAAAAUAUCGAGCGCAUGGGGUUCAAGGUGACGCACGCUUACGGGCUGACCGAAGCGACCGGGCCGGCGCUCGUGUGCGAGUGGCGGGCGGAGUGGGACCGGAGAAACCCCGAGGAGCGGGCGGCGCUCAAGGCGCGGCAGGGGAUCAGCGUGCUCACGCUCGCGGACGUCGACGUGAAGGACGCCAAGACGAUGGCCAGCAUCCCGCGCGACGGCAGGUCGGCGGGAGAGAUCGUGCUCCGGGGAAGCAGCAUCAUGAAGGGCUACUACAAGAACAACAAGGACACAGCAGAGGCGUUCAAGGACGGGUGGUUCUUCACCGGUGACGUCGCGGUGGUGCACCCAGACGGGUACCUGGAGAUCAAGGACCGGUCCAAGGACGUGAUCAUCUCAGGCGGGGAGAACAUAAGCAGCGUGGAGGUGGAGACGGUGCUGUACAAGCACCCCAUGGUAAUGGAGGCGGCGGUGGUGGCGAUGCCGCACCCGCGCUGGGGCGAGACGCCGUGCGCCUUCGUGACGCUGAAGAAGGGAUGCGGAGGAGGAGCAGAGCAGAGCAUAAAGGAGGAGGACAUCAUCGCGUACUGCCGGGCGAGCAUGUCUCACUUCAUGGUGCCAAAGAAGGUGGUGUUCGUGGACGAGCUGCCCAAGACUUCCACCGGAAAGAUCCAAAAGUUUCAGCUGAGGGAGAUGGCGAAGCGCCACAAGGUAGCAGAGAGACCGCCGAAGACUAAAUCCGGGUGCACCGAGGCCCAGCUUCCGUACAAGGCUAAGCACCAGGUGGAGCCGCAACGAGAGCAAGCCCUGGCGAUGUCACGCCUAUGAACACAUUACAUUCAUGUUCAUCUAUCAAAUUGGUUCCCUUAAUUACCUAAGCCUUGUCUAAUAAGCCAAAAGAGAUUUUGCAAUUAGUUUAUAUAUUAUUCUUAUAUACUUGCAUCAUAAUAGUUUUCAAUAUUAAUUGUAUUCACUAUAAUUCUGGUGAUAAUUCCUAGUAUUUU